AUGGAAUGUAUUUGAGAGCAAAACAGUCGACCACUGAUGACGAGACUAAGAGAUACGUUGCGAGCACUUCGCGAGUGAGUCGUUAUCCCGAAGAGGAGUACGAAGACAUGCGGACGAAGAAUAAGAGACGAAAAAACGAAUCCAUGCCUUAUAUGAGACACGAGAGUGAAGGCAAAGACAAUUGCAGACAAUGUGUACACAAUAUAGAGAGACAACUGAUUGUAGCGAAUGGCGAAAAGACAUUGAUAUGUUUGACCCCUUUUGAGCCGUUUGUCUCCGGAUUUUGUCAUAUAUUAAGCAAAAGUCACUCAAAUAUGUCAACCAUUAGUGCAGAUGAGGAGUGUUUGCUUGAAAUGAAUGAACGAAAGCAUGAAAUCUGUAAAUACUUCGACAAACGCCACAAUAAGAGUGUUGUCUUUAUGGAGACUUAUUUGAAGAGAAGUCACACAAACAGACAUUUGACUGUUGAAUGCAUUCCUAUUAAAAGCAAAUAUGAAAGUGAAGCCAAAAUCUUCUUCAAAAAAGCUAUUAUGGAGUGCGAGAGUGAAUGGGCUCUCAAUAAACAACUCAUUGAAAUCAAAGACAAACCCAUCACUAGAUUGAUACCUAAAGGUCUGUCUUAUUUUUGGGUUACCUUCGGACCCAAAAAUAUAGGUUUCGCUCACGUUAUUGAAAACGAGGACUCAUUUUCACGACACUUUGGAAAAGAAGUGAUUGCCGGACUUCUAGACAUUGAACCAAACAAAUGGCUUAACUCUAAGAAUCAAAGUUACGAUCAACAGUUCCAACGAGUGGUUGACUUUAAAAAUAACUGGAAAAAAGCAUUUGCUUAGAUUUGAAUGAUUUACUAUAAUAAAAUAUUGAACACUACUGUGAGUUAUAAUUUUAUUACAGUAUACCGGUAUACGGUCAUUAAUUUAAAAUUCUCAUGUUAUCAUUUACCGUAUAUAAUACCUCGGCAUAACUAUUAUACAGUGGUUUUUCGAUUAUAUCUUUUGACUGGAUAAUCGCACAGUAAUCUAGUGAUCAUAUUCUUGCAGCCAGAUGAAUGGAC